AUGACUUCUUCAUCUGCAUCCACCAAGAAGCCACAAGUAGCUGGGAAGGUAUUUGCAUUGUCAGUUGAGGAAGCUAAGACUGCACUUGGAGUUGUAACAGGUACAAUAUUAGUAUCUACAAUACUAGCAUUUGUAUUAUUUGAUUCUGGUCCAUCUUGUUCUUUUGUAUCUUCACAUUUUGCUAUAAGAAUGGGGAUAGAACCGAAAAAGCUAGCACAUAAGUUGAUGAUUAGUACACCCAUUGGGUUUAUAGUGGAUUUGGAAGAUGUAUAUGAACCAUGUGUGAUUCAGAUAUGUGGUCGAGAUAUGAUAGCCCAUUUGAUUUGGAUAGAUAUAAAGGAUUUAGAUGUUAUACUGAGAAUGGACUGGUUGUCAGCAUACCGAGCUUGUGUACUCUGUGCAGAGAAGAAGAUAUUAUUUAGACCUAGGGAUGGAGAUGAUAUUACAUUUCAGGGGCAUAGGAGAGAAAAGGCUAAUAAAUUACUAAUUUCUGCCAUACAAGUUCAGAAAUUACUAGAAGAAUGA